AUGAAUGCAACUGGGUUCAAAGAAGUCGUUCUGAAAUCCAAAAGAGAUGAUGAUAUCUUCAAGCUAAAUUUUCUUUCUUUGUUUGUGAAUACAUUUACUGAAUCACAUUCUUAUGGGACGUGCAACAUAGAUCAUGUUAGAAGAGUAGUUAGAGUUAAAGAAAUUUCAUGCAUUGAUUGGUGUGCGUACUUAAAUUACUGUCUGAAGAAUACAAGAUCUCUAUGGCAUCAAGAUAAAAAGAAAGGCUAUUAUAAUGGGCCAAUGUUGUUAUUGAUGGAAUAUAAAGAGAAUUUCGAUAAGAUGCUCAAGAAAGUUUCUCUCAUCCGAAAGGAGGACAUGUAUGGAAUUGUUUGUGAUUGUAUAUCAAAGUUCCUAGAUGUCAAUAUAACAAAUGAAUUGAAAAACAAGUUCAUUAAGUUAUUUUCAGAUCCUAUUUUUUCAAGUGCUGAUAAUCAUAACAAUGAAACUGAAAAUAAAGGAUCACGUGAAAGGGUUGAAUCUCAAAAUGGUGACACGGGGGAGAAGGAUAUAAGUUCUUACAAAUCACCAUAUAUGGAUAAAGUUGUGAAUUUAUUUGAGAGAAUCGAUUUGCAGAAUGUUCUUUUGAUUCAGAGUUCUGAGUUAUUAGAUGAAACUAAAUCUUUUGACGAGCGUUUUUUAACUUUUGAGACUCGUGUUGAUAAGUUUCUAUCUAAUUUCAAGGGAGAUGUCGAUUUCAAUGAUCUUAAAAUUGUGGUUUUUCCAAUACAUAAUGGUGAUCAGAUGUAUGCCGUUGUUUUCAACCUAAAUAUCCACAAGUUAAUAUUAGACAGCAUAAAAAUACAUAAUGGUGAUAAGAUGUAUCUUGUUGUUUUCAACCUAAAUAUCUACAAGUUCAUAUUAGACAGCAUAAAAACAAAAUCGUUAGAAGAAACGUAUGGAAUGACACCUACAUUAUUAAUUGCCACACAUGAAAUCAACAACCACAAGGAGAGAGUUAUCAAAGAGGCAAUCGAAUUUGGAAAACUUGAUCAUACGACUAGAAAAAAGAUGUUACAGGAAGGUAUCAAUAGUGGAAGAAUUGGAAAUGGGUAA